AUGGGUGCUGAUCCUAGAUAAACAAGUAAACAAAUAGAAGUUCUUUUUCUUGCUGUCGCAUGGAUAAGUUCUAUGUGUUGUUUAAUUAGAACAGAUUUCAAUUUUGCAUUUUCUCUUUUUGGUUAUUAUUUAUGGAUUUCAAGAGAUGAUAAAGCAAAUUCAAUGAUGUUAAUAAUAAUGAAUGCAGUUUUAAUUCUUGUUGAUAUUAUCUGGCUUUUAGCUGUAAGUAGUGUAUGGACUACACAAACAAAUAAUGAUGCAUGGAAUAGUUUACGUGGAUUACAUAUAUUUGCACUUAUUUUUUCUGUUGUAAAUGUUAUAAUAAAGAUCAUUAUAACUAUACUUAUUAAUAGUUACAGAAGCACAUAAAAUAAUGAUUAUGUUAGUAAUAUAUAAGGAUAAAACCCUUAACUCGGAGGAUAUUCGAUUGUAUAACAUUGA